AUGAACAACAGCAGCAGCAACUGCUCCUUCGACGACGUGAACGCGCAGGUGAGGGUUGUCCAGCAGGUCUUCCACUUCCCCACCCUCAUCCUGGGCUCCGUCCUCAACCUGCUGGCCAUCCGACACUUCAGCAUCUUCCUGAGGAAGAGGUGGCGAGGCUACGCGUCCACCUCCAUCUACAUGAUCAACCUGGCCGUCUUCGACCUGCUGCUGGUGCUGUCCCUCCUGUUCAAGAUCGUGCUGCUCUACGUGAAGGCUUCCCUGCCCGCCUUGUGCACCCUCGCCGAGAGUCUCUACUUCGUCAGCAUGUACGGGAGCAUCUUCACCAUCUGCUUCAUCAGCCUGGACCGCUUCUUAGCCAUCCGGUACCCACUGGUGGUCAACCCCAUUCGCUCCCCCAAGAAGAUCUUCAUGAUCUGCUGCGUCAUAUGGGCGCUGGUGUGGGCCGGGAGCACCCCCGUCUACAGCUUCCAUGGGGAAACGGAAGACUACAGGUGUUUCCACAACAUGUCUGAUCAGACCUGGAGCUCAGCAAUCUUCUUCCCCUUAGAGGUGUUCGGGUUCCUUAUCCCCCUGGCCAUCAUCGGCUUCUGUUCCUGCAGGAGCAUCUGCAUUCUCCUGGGCCGUGAGCACUACACCGCGGACUGGAUCCAGCAGAAGGCCUGCGUCUGGACGAUCGCAGCCAGUCUGCUCGUCUUUGUCCUCUCCUUUCUGCCAGUGCACGUGGGUUUCUUCCUGCAGUUCCUGGUGAGGAACGGCUUUAUCAGCGACUGCCAAACUCAGCGGAACAUCAUCUUGUUCUUGCACUUCUCCCUGUGUUUCUCCAACGUCAACUGCUGCCUGGAUGUUUUCUGCUACUACUUUGUCAUCAAAGAAUUUCGCACGGACCUCCUGGCACACCGGCCUUCCCGAGCCGAGCUGGUCCUCCAGGACACUAUGACCACCAGGGGUUGA